AUAAACGUAGAAACACGGUGAAGGGAGACAAUACUGAUAUGCGCGCGCCUGUUGGCCAUUUUGUCAUAUUAUAAUUAAUUAACCUUUUGUUGUGAUGUUUCGAGAUGACUUGUCUAAAUAAUAGGUAUUUGUUUGUCUUCGCCUACAGUCAGUGUAUUGAUUUAAAUUACGCUAAUAAUUAUAAUGAGAUAAUUGGAUAAAAUAAAAUGCCACUUAUGUCCUGAAUAACGAUCGUCCCAAGCGACGGCAGCUGACAGAGAGUUAACGUGGAUUAUUGAAACGAUCGUCUGCCGCCGGAACGAUAAACUGGGUGCAGUGUGCUCAAUUUACAUGAUUUCUCAUUGUUGAAGGGUGUUUCAUAGUGUUGGUGUCAUUGCAAUACUCGGAUAUUUGGUAUGCAACGGUUUAGCUCAUUAGAUUUGUCGGAAAUAUGUAGCAAAGUGAGUAAAUAACAAUUAAAAUGUUUACCGUUUCGACCAUCUCAAGAUGGCUGCCGUCGGAAUUCGUUCUGCGUAUCGGAAUAAGAUCGUGAUGUAUUACAAAAGUCUUGAAUUGGAAAAGGAUUCCAGCAUAUUUUCUAGCUUUAUCAUCGAGCACGUUCGUGUUUAAAAAGUUAUUUUCCAGUGAUCCUUCGUUAAUAAAGCGAUUAAACACGUAAGAAAAUUUAUUUAGGCGGGAGUCGUCUUCCGCCGGAUAAUGAUCGUAGAAAAUAACUGAGUUUUUUUCAUCUUUCCGUUGAUACCUUCAAGGCUUCAAACUAUGUGUGAACUCGCGGAAGUAUCUCAAAAAGUCUGGUCAUGCUGGUUUCUAGACGCAAUUACGAAAAUUCGUUCGCAAAAGCAGCGGCCUAGUGUUGAAAGGAUUUGUCAUGCGAUAAGACAACACCACAACAAUUACCACGAAGACGUUAUCGCGGAACAUUUAGAAGCUUCAGUUAAAGAAGGGGCCGUGCUGAAGGUGUUCAACAAAGGCCAGAGUUCCUAUAAAGAUCCAGGUGGCUUGCAGAAUAGGACUUUGAAAAUAGAACAGGGGGUCGAUUUGACGAAAGUUGUGACCAAGGCAGUCCGCGAAUUAGGUGAACGGGACGGUUCUACGUUAAAAUCCGUUGAGAAGUACAUCAGACAGUCUCAUACCAUCGAGGAGACCACCGAAAAUGACCUGAAAGGGGCCAUACGAAGUGCUAUCAAACGCGCGGUUAAUAGAAGUUUCGUCUUGCAAGAUGGUAAAAGCUUCAAAUACAACUACAACCACCAGAGCCCCGGAUUCAAGAAACGGCAAGACGGUUCUAGAAGACUCUCUCAAAAUCCCGAUGACCAGAAUUCACAAAUCAAGAUCCCCGUGCCUCUGCCAAUAUGCACGGAAUGCCUGGGCACGGAGUCCAAGAACCGGCACGGCGCCUUCGAGAAGUUGAGCGGUUGCGACGAGUGUGGCGCUCUGCGGAACUACCAUCUCGACUGUCUCGAUCCGCCGGCGGAAAAGAAGCCCAAGUGCCCGUGGCGGUGUCGGUACUGCCUCGGCCAUCAUCAGAAUGCGCCGAAGGCAAGGAAGAGCGAGCCGGGCAGCGCGGUUAGAAAAAAGAUCGACAAGGUUCGUGAGAAGUUGAAGGAGAAGAACCAGAAAUCAAAGGAAAGUGCGACAAUUUCGACACCGACUUCAGCACCUUCAGUUAUCCCCACCGACCAAGACAACAUGAAUUGCAAGAAUCAAGAUUCCACACCUUUCGACGAGAGCGACGCUGUCAGCGAGAAUGAGGGUACGCCAAAUCCCACCAGAAACACACAUCCUCUUCAUAAAUCCACUUCUACUCCCGUCCCCCAUGACACAGACCAAUUACUGCAGGCCAACGAUCGCAUGUCCAAAGAAAAACAGAAGUUUUUCAGAAGUUCUGUCUUCAACGAGGAAAAGAAGAAGAUCAAAAAAUCUCAACCUUCGAGAAAGUCCACUAGAAACGACAAUCCCGAAAAUAAAGUUGCUGUUGCUAGUGAUCAGAAAGUUGAAGCUGUCAAAAACUUGGAGAACAAUGCUUCGAAAACUAGAUCGAACAAAAAAGUAGCAACACACAAGAAAGAUGACACUAAACAACAGACAAAACCGAAACAAGCCAAGAGAAAGCCAAGCCCGAAACCUCAAAACCCUGAAGAAGAGGGAGAAGAAAGUGCCUUGGACGAAGAAGAAGAUAGCUCAUCCGAGGAUGAUUCUUCUUCCGGGUCCUCCUGCUCCUCAGAAUCCGAUACAGACUCUUCCGUCGCCAACUCAGAUUCCAUGACGAGCAUCAGAAACGUCAAAAUCCCGGAAUCUUUUUGCGCGAAUAGCGACACCAAAAAGACCUUCGGCACUUUGGGGGGCAUCACCGUAGACAAAGACACCCCCUGGGGCUUCGCUGCCGAAGCCAACAAAAAACCACCCGACAAACCCACCGAGAAUCUUUUUAUAACAGCCCUGAAAGAAGAAGGUCUAAUCAAAGACGCCGAAGACAAGGCUCCGGGCUUCGGCCAGUUGAAGGGGCUGUUUGAUGGCCUUUCGCAUUUUUUUUCGGCCCCUUCCGAGAGCAGAGCCAGUCGCACUCAGCCCAACUACAACCCUAACAGAAGAAAACAGAAGCAGGAGGAAGAAGAAGUCGAAGACGCGAAGAGCAAGGACGAGGAAGUAGAGACACCGAGAAAGACCGAUGCGAAAGCGAAAACCGAGAAAGCGAAAAGCAAGGUCGCUUGUGAGACGUCGAACUCGAAGGUGGAGACUAAGGCCGAGCAAAAAAUGUCGGAUCCGCCCGAGUCAGCGCCAUCUUCCCCUAGAAGCGAGCUGACGCCUUCGGGAUUGGUCAAGACGGCCGUGAACUCGAAACAGCACGAGACUAGGAAGUCGAUAAAGUCGGAGAGUGCAAAGGGCAGUGCGAUAUGCGCGCCACAAAAGGCGAAAAAACGCGGUCAAAGUUCGGCUGCUGAUGUCUCGUUUAACGACAGUCUGACGGUCGAGCCGAAGCUGCAGACGCUGCCACCAGGCGUCACCCAAAAGGACGUCGAAACGUUCAGGGAGACAAGGGAGCGGGCGGCGGCGGCAACGGCGGCGCUGCUGCUUGCCGCCCCCGAGUCGGCUGCCCCCACAACACCCGCCCCUGCUCCCGCCCCUGCUGUCCCUUCCGAAGGCGGGAUCGGGGCGGUGUUGGGGUGCCCUGCCGCUAUAGAAUUCGGCAAAUACGAGAUCCAGACCUGGUAUUCCAGCCCCUUUCCGCAGGAGUACGCGCGAUUGCCGAAACUGUUCCUCUGCGAGUUUUGCCUCAAAUAUACGAAGAGCAAGGCUGUACUAGAGAGGCACCAAGACAAGUGCACGUGGCGACAUCCUCCCGCUACCGAAAUUUACCGCUGCAAGGAGCUGUCAGUGUUCGAAGUCGACGGCAACGUCAACAAGAUCUACUGUCAAAACUUGUGCCUGCUGGCCAAGCUGUUCCUCGACCACAAGACCCUUUAUUACGACGUCGAGCCCUUCCUGUUCUACGUGCUGACGGUGAACGACAAGAAGGGCUGCCACCUGAUCGGGUACUUUUCCAAGGAGAAGCACUGCGUGCAGAAGUACAACGUGUCGUGCAUCAUGACGAUGCCGCAGUACCAGCGGCAGGGGUACGGCAGGUUCCUCAUUGAUUUCAUUUCCUACUACGCCUACUGGAAAUCCGUCGUGCUCGAAUACCUCAACGACCACCGCGACGAAAAACUCGACUUAACCGCCAUCAGCAAAUCCUCCGGCAUGUAUUGCCACGACAUCGCUUUAGCCUUGCAAUUGCUCGGCUUCAUCAAGUAUUUGCCGACAGACGAGGGAGAAAAGUCAGUUAUUUGUGUGGAUUGGGCCAAAGUUGACAGCCAUGCGGAGCGAGUUUCUAAAUCAAAAACGCGCAUCCCGAUCGAUUACGAGUGUUUGCGCUGGACGCCCCUAGUUUCCUCCGCUAUAAACCCCUUCAGGCGAGAACCCAAAUCAGACGAGGAAAAAGACCAAAGUCCCGUAAAAGAAACGGCGGACAUUGUGGUACCGAUGCAGGAGAAGAUAAUAAUCGAGACACCGGGCGUGAAGUUGAAAAGAGGGAAGAAGCGGAGGAUUUCGGUCGCCCCGAAGACCCCGAGAGCCGCCAAGACUCCGGUGGUGGUUCCGGUGGAGAGUUCCGGGAACGUCGAAGAGGUGGAGAUCACGUCGUCGGGCAGGAAGCGGACGCGACCGAGCAAGUUCAACGAGACGACUUUCGCGGACGCCAAGCCGAAAACGACUGUUGCGGACGCCAAGACGAAAACGACUGUCGCGGACGCGAAACCGAAAGUGGUCGAGGAAAGUGUGGGGAAGAGGAAGCGUGGGGAGGAGGCUUCGGAGAGGAAGAGGGCGAAAGUUGAGGAGGAUAAGGCUGAGAAGGUGGAGGAGGGUGGGACGGCUGAUGUGAGGACUCCUCGAAGGGGUGCUGCCAGAGUGGCCGAACAAACUCCGAAGACGUCGCAGACGGUUGACGAGCUCUCCAAGUUGACCACACCAAAUUCCAACAAUAGACCAAAGAGACUUGCUGCUACGAAAGAAAAAGUCGUAGGUGAACGAUGGUCUCAGAGACGGGUCAAGAAACAGCGAGAAUUGGAGGAGAAAGAAAAAGAAGCUAAAGACUCAGACAUACCCAAAACCGAAGAGACUGUUGCUUUGGAAGAACCUCCAAAACUGGAAAAACCAGUCGAAGUUAAGGAGAACAAGGAACCAGCAGAAGAAUCCAUCGAUGUCACCCCAGUCGCACCUCAGCAGGCUCAGAAACGUGUGAGAACAGUCAAGAAAAAACGAGGCUGGGUGAAGGGUAGAGCUCGAGGAAAACUCUCAGACAAAAAACAAUUGAUUUUGCCUGAUCUCAUCAAGAAUAUGCUUCGGAAGGAUAGCGAGAGCGAAUCAGUGAUUUCCGAUAAGUCAGACAUGGAAACUAUGGAAAAAGAAGUCCCGAACACGAAUACACCCCAGUCCCCGGAAAAGGAGAGGGUCAAAAAUAGGAAGGAAGAAAAAAUCAGGAGAGCCUCGAGAAUAUCCACCGAGGAAGAUUCCAGCGCUGAAGCCGAUGACGAAAUGGAAAACGACGAGCUACCAGUGCAAAAAGAAAUUUCUCCCAACAGCAAAUACAAAUUCACCAAAACCACCCCUACGAAAGAUAAAAACAACGCUGCGGCACACGUUCAGAAAACGCCACCCAAAAUUAGCGAAGAACUCAAAACUAUUUCGCCGAAAGAAAAACUCAACUCGCCGUUGUAUACGACAACUUCCGAAUCCGAGAUGGAAAUCGACGGUCAAAAAAUCAAAACCAUUUCUCGAAGGGAAGUCUACGAGAACAAUCUGACGAUGGCGCGCAUGAAACAGGCAGAAACGAUUUCUCUACCCGUCAAAGAAGAGCCGAAAAUUAUCGAAAGCGAACAGCAGGUAGCUCCCUCUAGUGCCCUGGAAAUUGAGAAGGAAAUUGUUGAGGAAAUAUCGUUGGAUGCUGGAAAUUCGUCAGUGGAAUCAGGAAGGAAGUCCACCGAUAUGGAAAUCGAGAAAAUGGAACAUAAUGAAACGAACACCAUCAUAACGCCCGACCGAAAAUCGCCGGUCAAAGAAAUGCAACUGGUUGAUGAAAUGCAACAGGUUGAUGAAGUGCAACAGGUUGAAAGAGUGCAGCAGGUGGAAAGAGUGCAACAAGUUGAAGAAGUUCAACAGGUUGAACAAGUGCAACAGGUCGAAAACGUGCAACAGGUCGAAAGAGUGCAACAGGUCGAAAAAGUGCAACAGGUCGAGAAAGUACAACAGGUCGAGAAAAUUCAACAGGUUGUGAAAGUGCAACAUGUUGAUGAAGUGAAAAAAGUGGAGGAAAUUGUACCUCUGAUGGAGAAUAAACAGGAUACUGAGAAAAUAGUUCCUCGAAAAUGUGAAGCUGUCGACGGCAAUACUUAUGCACCGCAAGAAGAGAAGAAAACUGCACUAGAUCCUAAUAUUGUACUUGUGCCAGAAAGUGAUAAGGAGCCUGUACCAUUCAAUGACAUAAAUAAGGUGGAUGCGCCAGUCGAAAAUAUAAUUAUACCGCUAUCGGAAAAAAUCGGCGUUAAGAAGGAGGUUCACGAAACGCCUUUAGUAAUCAGCCACCCGGUAGAAAUACCGACGACUUCAAACCAAGCAAUCAAUCAAGUUCACACUGCAGACGUCGCAACUUCAAGCCAAAGAACCGCAGAAGUCGCAACUUCAAGCCAAAGAACCGCAGAAGUCGCAACUUCAAGCCAAAGAACCGCAGAAGUCGCAACCUCAAUCCAAAGAAGAGAAGAAACAAUACAAGAAAUUGUGGCUGAGAAAUUCGUGGAAAAACUGGAACAAAACUACUCGCAGAAAGAGAUGGCACAUAUUGGGCAUGAUACCAAGCCGGAUGUGCAAGAAUUCAAGAAAGUCUCGACUAGUGAACCGCAAACUGAAACACGCGUGAUCCACAACAGCAAUCACAAUAUCGUGCCCUCUGAAUUCGUCAGCGAAAAACUCAUCACAACAAGUCAACAUUCAAUGAUGGGCAAUCAGUAUAACGAACAAUCAGUGAUCAAAAAACAGGUCAUGGAAAGAACAUUGCCUCGGUUACCAGCUCAACAACCUUCAUCACAACAGAAUCCCAUUCAAUCACAUCCAAACCAAGUCCAACAACCAUUGCCUCAGCAACAGAAUACCAUCCCGGUUUGCCAUCAGAGUCAAGGAAAUCAGUCGAUUUACGUACAGCCAGAGCAACAUUUGCAAAGUACAAAACAUGCUUCUGCAAUGCCUCAACAAGGAAAUGCCAUCCCUGAAAAGUCUUCUCCUAAAGAACUGAAACAGCCCACUCAAAUGAACCCGAAGGAAGUGAGGUUAAAGGAGGAACAGAAAGCAGCUGCAAAACAAGAGACAAUCAGAUCGGAGAGCAGAUCUAAACCGGAAAAGUACGAGGAGAAACGUUACCACCAAAAAAUUCCCCACGAAGAAAAACCCACCUACGACAUACAAAAAAUGCACAUGGACAGCGAAAGUCUGCUCGCCAAUGCCAUAGCCACUCAAAACUACCAUCACAUGACGCAAGCGCAACUGCCUUGGCAAUGGGACAGGCUAACCUGGGGCAAAAGUAUCUACUAUGACAACAAAAGGGAUUUCCAAGGUUACCACAUGAUCCCCCAGUUCGCUCCUUUGGACAUGCUUCCCAAACAGCCCAGUUGCGAAAAGGAGAAACACGUCACCAAAUCGCACAAACAUUCGAGUCAAAGCAGCAGCUCAAGAGCCAGAGACCCCUCAAGAGAAAAACACCCCUCUCCCAGAAAAGAAGAGAGAAGCAAGCAAAAACCUGAACAAGAUGCUUAUAGUUCGAUGAAAAUGAGUAACGAAUUACCGAAACCCGCUAGCUGCUCAUACAACAUGCCUAAAACCGACCCAAAUCCAACUAACUCGAAUAUGGAGAAGGCCAAGAACAAAUCCGAGAUCGAGCAAAAACACGAUUCGCACCAGCAGCAGAUGCAACACUCUGUCAAACAAAACGACCUACCGUCGAUGGGCGUGUACCCGCCCGACUCCGCGACCAAUCCCGUGCUCGGUAUGCACUACGCCCAAUGCGAAAUGGAUCCCGCCCCUCUAACGCUCGACUCCUCCCCCGCCUCCGUUUCCCCGCCCUCUCAAACCACGCCCCAAACCAACUACGACUGCUCUGUGCAGCACAACAUGCAACAAACCAACCAGGCCAUGCAAAUCACCCACAAACGCCAAGCGCAGUCGCAAAGGAACCGAUCGAACACGCCUUCUAAUAAAACGCACAACAUGCAUCGUUCAACUCCGCCCACUGCCGUGGCGCAACAGGUGGCGCAACAGGUAGUGCAGCAGCGGGCCACGCCUCCUUGCGCCGCCCAACAGCAAAUGCAGCACAUGCAACAGCAACAGCAGCAGCAGCAUAACUCGCAGCACCUGCACCACCAGGUGGUGCACCAGAGUUACCAGUAUCAGCAUCCGCACCACCCGCAUCACCAUCCCGUGAUAAGUCAGGCGAACUAUAUCCCUCUGGCCGUUAGUACGCAGGCGUUUCCCUCGCAAUCUACCAGCUCGUGCGUCAAUGUCUCGCCGAUGACCACCGUCAUUCAGCACGGUAUGGGCGGCCAGCAGAGCGUCAGCCCUUCUAAUGCCCAGCAAAAGAUGGCGGUCAGCCCGAGCGCCAACUUCUACAUACAGACCAACGCGCACGCGCAUGCCCCAGGCCCCGCCUCUACGCCGUCGCCCAAUCAGCGAGGCGCGCAGGGCAACGCGAGCUGCAGCCUGGCCAAGCUGCAGCAGCUGACCAACGGCCUGGAGGGGUGCAACGCGAUGAGCCCCUCCCCCUCGGGGAUGACGUUGACUCCGCCCCCGCAUGCCACGCCCUCGCCUACUACGCACCAGAUGAUGCAGAAUCAGGGCGGAGGGAGGAAUUUGACGCCGCCUACGGUGGUUCCUGCGAAUCUGCAGCAACAGACGAACAUGAACGUGAACCAACUCAGCGGUGCCGUAACGCCCCCUAUCGGCCAAAACCUGACCCGGCCCGGCAGGAACGCCACCAACGUCGCCGCCAUGCAACACAUGCAAACAUACAACAUGAACGGCUACCCGAUGGCCACACAGCAAUCCCCGGGGGCCGUAACAGGCUACAUCACCAACACGGCCGGCUUCAAUCAGAUCCCCAUGCAGAUGAUGGCGCAGACGCAGUACCAGGACCCUGCGGCCUUGCAAAGAGCGCAGCAGAACCCCAUGUACCGGACGUACUUUAAUAAUAUCAUGCAACCGUUGAACGGGACGAUGAGGCGUUGA